AUGAAACAGAUCAACUUUGAUAUUGAAGCCAAAAGUAAAAAUCUGAAAGAGGAGAGAGACGAUCUGAAGAGGAAGCUGAAUGGUUUGGCUUCUGAAAAGAAUCUCUUGGCUGGAGAGAGAGACACUUUGAAGAGGAUGAACUCUGACUUCCAGGUCAGGAAUCAGAACCUGACUUUAGAAAGAGAUGAACUAAAGAAGAUUAACUUGGGUAUUGAGGCCAGUCUGAAAAGUCUGACUGCAGAGAAAGAUGAGCUGAUUAGAACCAUCAGCAUUAUUGAGGCCAAUAAUACAAAUCUGACUGAAGACAGAGAUGAGCGGAGACAUGACAUCCAGAACAAUAGAUGGGAGGUUUUUGAAGGUAGUGCAUACUACGUCUCUGUGGGGAAGAAGACCUGGCAAGAAAGUAGACGUUACUGUAAAUCACAAGGUGCCGAUCUGAUGGUUAUCAACAGCCAAGAGGAACAGGUCUUUGCCAAUGGAUUCAAUAAAUAUAUGUGGAUUGGACUGACUGACUUGGAGACAGAAGGGACAUGGAAAUGGGUGGAUGGGUCACGACUGACUUCAAGGUACUGGAAGGUUGGCGAGCCAAACGGUCAAACAAAUGAAAACUGUGGGAAUAUAAAGACUUAUGAAUCACUGGAAAGCUGGAAUGAUGAACAGUGUGAAAUGCUCCUCAACUGGAUUUGUGAAAUGAGCCUUACUUAACUGUAAAUCCUAAGUUGGACAACAAGAUGUACUUCUUGAAUGAAGAGAAGAAUUAAAAACAAAUAUGUAUCUUUUUAAUUUGGUCUACAUUUGGAUUUCCGGCAUAUACUUUAGAUGUGAUUUCACAAGUUAUUUUCAGGGUAGGUUGUUAGCUGCUAACUAGAGUCCCCUCUGUGUGUUAAAUGAAACAAUGCAUUGUAUGUUUCAGUCAAGUAGGAAGCAGAAAAAUAGAAGCAGAAGCUGCCUUUUAACAUUUUUAGGGGAUUCAUUAUAGAGAAAAAUGGCUGAGGAACUAGUUAAACAAAUUUUUACUUUUUUUGAGAACCUUUAAAGUGGUUACUUUGUUAUGAUAGAUCUGCUUUGAAUAUCAACAAGGAAGGACAAAAUGCUAAAGUCCUGAGGUUAUAUUGUCCUCACACAAAUGCAUUACUAGAAUGUUGUCAGUUGAUUGCCCGUUUUAAAGUUUAAAAGACAAGUUUUAUGUUCAAUAUUAGAUUUAUAAUGCUAAGAAAACCCAAAAAUGUUUAGUUUAUGUACUUUAUGGAUUGUGUAAUCUGCUGUGGUCAUUGUUCUUUCCUAUUCUUUC